CAAUAAUUCAUGGAUGAUAUUUAGCUUUACAUUUCUCCAACCAAAAAAAACUAACAACUUUAAUGGAAUCCUCUGCAAUCUUCAGGCUUUCUUCUCCUCCUCCCUCUUUCCUAACAACAAAGCCAAACAACACUAAAACUCUGUCACAAACACCAUGGAAGCACAGAACUUCUCUGCCUACUCAAGUUCACUGUAACAAGAUGUUUGUUCCUGGAUUUGGGGAAGCAUCUCCGGAAGCAAAGGCAGCUAAGAACCUCCACCAGUUCUUCACUUAUGUUGCUGUCAAAAUUGUUGCUGCACAACUUCAGAGCUAUAACCCUGAAGCAUACAAAGAUUUGAUGGACUUCUUGGAUAAACACUCUCUAGAUGAUGGAGACAAGUUUUGUGCAGAUUUGAUGAGAGAAUCCUCUGAGCAUAAAAGCUUAGCACUACGAAUCCUCGAGGUUCGCUCUGCUUACUGCAAGAACGACUUUGAGUGGGACAAUUUAAAGCGGGUGGCUGUGGAGAUGGUAAAUGAAUCAAACACAAAAGUCAUGCGGGAUUAUGUCCAGGAAACAAGUCAUUAAGUGGAACAACAUAUCCAGUACAAAGAAGAGCAACAUUCAUCAAACAAACUCAAAAAGUAUAGGAAUCCAAGGUAUUUACAUGAAGAAUUCAGUUUGAUAUGUAUAAUUUGUACAUUACACCAGCAAACUUGAAGCAUAUAGUUGUAACAUGAAAACUUCAACUUGUUAUAUAUACCACAUGUUACUAAGAUUGAAGUGA